UUGUAUAUCGUGUCAUUGGUAUAUAUAUAUAUAGUCAAAAAAAAAAAAAAAAUUAGAAAAAUACAUAAAAAUAUCCAAAUCCCAGUGUUUAUUUUUUUCGUAACAUUAAAAAAAUGUAUAUUAAAUCAGUAACAAAAAAGUAUAUUUAAAUUUUGUGUUUUUUUAAAAGCUUUUUUUUUCCUUUUUAUUCAAAAUCGAUUGAGAAAAAGACCCCGUUUUUGUAAAUAUAUAUAUAUAUAGUGUGUGUGUGUGUGUGUAUUAUAAAUCUACCAAGCCACGAGGAAGAGAGGCCAGGUGUUUCAACAUUCUCUUCGAUACUCUCAUUUACCACGAUUUAUAUUAAAAAAGAAGAAAAACAUUUUCAAAUGUCAAGUGUUGGUGUUUAUUAUUUUAAAUAUCAGACUGGAUUUUUAAAAAAAGCCUCGGUAUCAAUAAAAUAAAAAAAAAAAAAAAACUCCUUUUUUUUUGGUGUUAUCUCGACAGAUUUGACAUUUUUGAGGUUUAAUCUCCAUCUCUCUCCUCUUUCUCUCUCUCUCUCUCUCUCUCUCGCUUGCGUUUUCCUGUGUGACCACUCCUGGAGCUCGUAAAUAUUUGUGUGUUUUUUUUUUUUUAAACAAUAAUUGUUUUCCCAUUUUUUUUUGUUUUGGAGGUUAUUUUAAUUUUUUUUUUAUUUUUUCUUUUUUUUGUUUUUUUCUUAAAUCACCUAUAUAAAACCAAAGUGCGUGAAUUAAAAAUAAAUACAUCGCGAGCGCGCGUCUGUGUAAUUUAAAUGUGUAUUUGUACGUGAAUUGUGUUUUUGUAUGUGUUUAUAUGUGUGUGUGUGUUUCGUAUAUUAAAAGUUAAAAUAAAUGUGAGAGAAAAGAAUCCAAAGAAUGGCAGCAACAAUUUUUGCUUUUGAUGACAUCAAAGAUAAGAAGGACGACGACGUCGUUGAGGUGGAGGUCGAGUAUGAAGUUAAUUCGGACGAUAAUGAAUUAAUUGAAUUAAUCGAACCGGAUAUCGAUGACACGGAAGUGGAAACGGUCGUUAUAUCGGAGAAAAAUGUUAAUCAAGGAAGAGAGAGAGCUGGUCCACAGGAUUUUGAUAUUUGCAAAGUUAUUGGUAAAGGAGGAUACGGAAAAGUCUUCCAAGUUCGUAAAAAAACCGGCAAAGACAGUGGAAAACUUUUUGCAAUGAAGGUUUUACGCAAGGCUUCAAUUAUCAGAAAUCAGAAAGAUACAGCACACACUAAAGCCGAACGAAAUAUUUUGGAAGCUGUUAAGCAUCCAUUCAUUGUGGAUUUGAUGUACGCCUUUCAAACAGGCGGUAAACUCUACUUAAUUCUUGAAUAUAUGUGCGGUGGCGAAUUAUUUCGUCAUUUAAAUAAAGAGGGUAUAUUCCUUGAGGACACUGCCAUUUUUUAUUUAUGUGAAAUUAUUCUUGCUUUACAACAUUUACAUCGUCAGGGUAUUAUUUAUCGUGAUUUAAAACCAGAAAAUAUUCUUCUUGACGCUGAGGGUCAUAUUAAAUUAACUGAUUUUGGCCUAUGUAAAGAACAUAUUGAAGAUGAUACUGUAACACAUACAUUUUGUGGUACAAUUGAAUAUAUGGCACCGGAAAUUUUAAUGCGUAGCGGUCAUGGUAAAGCAGUUGAUUGGUGGAGUUUGGGUACAUUAUUAUAUGAUAUGUUAACUGGUGCCCCACCAUUUACUGGUGAAAAUCGUAAAAAAACAAUAGAUAAAAUUUUAAAAGGUAAAUUAAUGCUGCCAAUGUAUUUAACUGCCGAUGCACGUGAUUUAAUACGUAAAUUGCUCAAGAGACAAGUUAAACAAAGACUUGGCUCGGGACAAGCUGACGCUGAACAUGUGAAGAAUCAUAAAUUUUUUGAAAAAAUCAAUUGGAAUGAUGUUAUUUGUCGACGUAUGAAUCCACCAUUUACACCAACAUUAAUUAGUGAAGAUGAUGUCUCACAAUUUGAUCAACGUUUCACUGCAUCGGAUCCAAUUGAUUCGCCAGUUGAGCAUACACUCAGUGAGAGUGCAAAUUUAAUUUUUGAGGGAUUUACUUAUGUAGCUCCAAGUUUAUUGGACGAAUAUCCACAACCACGAGUCGUUCACGCGAGAAGUCCACGCAGAGUUUAUAUGAGAGGUUUCUCUCCAAGAGGGACGCAUCUUAAUCACAAUUCACGAAUGCCAAAUCACAGGCACAACAUAGAGGAUCAAGAAAUGAUCGAAAUAGAUUAAUUUGUUUAGAGAAUUUUUUUCUUCUUUUUUUUUAUUUUUCUUUUUUUUUUUUUUGCUUCGACACUGGAGUUUGUGACGUGAAAAUUCCUCAAAUAAUCUCAGGGAGAUUUCCAUGCUUUCCACAAUGAAAACAAAAAAAAAAAAUGAGGAUUAUUUUUCGUCAAAAAAAGAAAAAAAAAAAAAAACUUCAUUACCAAGGCUUAGAUAAUUUUUGUAUUAAUUUUUUUUCUCGUUUUAUUAUACAUGAUGAUGAUGAUAAUAAUCUCGUAUAAUAAGAAUUAAUAAAACGCUACCAAAAGAAAGGAAAAAUCUGUCGAUAUUUUACAAAAGAGAAAGAAUUCUUCGUCUUUCGUAAAAUUCGACUUGGCAAUUUAGUCACAAUUUAUCAAAAAAAAAAUAAAUAAAUAAAAUAAAAGUUAAAUAUAUAAAUAUAAAUAAAAAAAAAAAAAACCUCGAUAUUUUGAAACUCUCGUCAACUUUUUUUUUCGAGAUGUUUUUUUUUCCCCCGGCAUUUGUAUCGCAUAAAAAAAUAUAUAUAAAAAAAAGGAAUUGCUCGCAUAAAAUAGGAAAAAAAAAAGAAAGAAAAAUUUCCUGUGACGAUACUUUUGACAUUGACAUUUAAAAAAAAAAAAUAUAAUUUUAAAAAAAGAGAAAAGACUUUUUGAUGUCAAAUGUGCCUGUAGAAGAAAAAAAAAAUGAAAGAAAAAAUUUUUUUGAAUAAACAAUUUUUGAAAAAGUGUCGUCGAAAUAAAUUCUGAUAUAAAAAAUACAAAUCAUUGACAAGAUUUAAUUAAUUAUGAAAAUAUAUUGACUGUUUCUUUCUUUUUUUUUUUUUUUGUAAAACGAUAUACAAUAUAUAUUAUAUAUAUAAAUAUAUUAAAUAUGACCAUCAAAAAAAAAUUUUUUAUUGUCUCAUAUCUUUUUUAAAAAUGAAGAUUUUUUGAAAUGUAUAUUUGCGUCGUUUGUAAAGUCAAGAUUUAAAUUAAUUAAAAAAAAAAAAUAAAUAACGCUUCCAUUGGCGAAUGUGUGUGUGUUGUACCGCAUGUUCGAAAAAAAAAAAUCCUUUACUAAUAAAAAUUAUAUUAAAUGCGA